ACUUUGAUGCUAAUUAAGUAACAACUAUGGCAUCCAUGAAGCUGGGAUCCAAGUCUGAAAUGUUCUACCUCUAUGGCGAAAGUUGGCUCUGCCAAAGUGGACUUCCAAGUGAUGUUAUUAUUGAAAUUGGUGAUACAUCCUUCCAUCUGCACAAGUUUCCACUGAUAUCAAGAAGCAAAGUACUAGAAGGUUACAUGAAAGAUCUAUCAAGUGAGAAUGAAAAAUCUGUUUUGGAGCUUCAUGACCUACCAGGUGGAGCAAAGGCCUUUUUGCUUGUGGCUAAGUUCUGUUAUGGUGUCAAAAUGGAGUUAACUCCAUCCAAUGUAGUUAUCCUAAGAUGUGCAUCUGAUUACCUUCAAAUGAGUGAGGACUAUGGUGAAGGGAACCUGAUCAUACAAACUGAAAAUUUCCUUAACCACAUAUAUGGAUACUGGACUGACACACUCAAGGCUCUUAAAACAUGUGAAGAGGUCUUACCUUUUGCUGAAGAGCUUCACAUCACUUCUAGAAGCAUCCACUCUCUGGUGCUGAAAGCUGCAGAUCCAAGUCUUGUUAUUUUGCCAAUCUCUUCAGGUCCAACAAGCAUUGUUCAGAGUCCAGAGGAUCAUGGAGAUCUGUGGAAUGGAAUAAGCCUAACAUCAAAGGAAACAACAGGUGAAGAUUGGUGGUUUGAGGAUGUGUGUUCUCUUAGCUUGCCAUUGUAUAAGAGAUUCAUGCUUGGUGCUAUUGCAAGACACAUGAAGCCUAGAAGAAUUGCUGGUUCCCUUGUUUACUAUGCAAAGAAGCAUAUCCCCUCCUUGAACAAUGGAAACUCAUCUUCCUCUGCUAAUUCUUCUAAGUCAUCUCUUUCUGAAGCUGAUCAGAGGAAUCUCAUUGAAGAAAUGGUGGAGUUGCUUCCAAAUGAAAAGGGGCUAACACCAACCAAGUUUUUACUCAGGAGUUUGAGAACAGCAAUGGCUUUGUAUGCUAGCUCAUCUUGCUGUGCAAGCUUAGAGAAAAGGAUUGGUUCCCAAUUAGAUGAAGCUGAUUUGGAAGAUCUUUUGAUUCCAAACAUUGGCUACUCAAUGGAGACUCUUCAUGACAUUGAUUGUGUCCAGAGAAUGCUUGAUCAUUUCAUGAUUGUGGAUCAUGAUGAUGUUGAUUCAACUUCUAAUGAUAUAGAGGAAGAGAGGAGAUUAGUUGCAGGUCCUCAACGUUUGAGUCCAAUGGCAAAAGUGGCUGAAUUGAUGGAUGGUUAUUUAGCAGAAGUGGCACCUGAUGUUAACUUGAAGCUGCCAAAGUUUCAAUCACUUGCUGCUCUAGUUCCUGAUUAUGCCAGGACAUUGGAUGAUGGUAUAUACCGUGCAAUUGAUAUAUAUCUCAAGACUCAUCCCUGGAUGACAGACUCAGAGAAGGAACAAAUCUGCAGGCUCAUGAAUUGCCAGAAGCUGUCUUUGGAAGCCAGCACCCAUGCAGCCCAAAAUGAGAGGCUCCCACUUAGAGUUGUUGUCCAAGUCCUGUUCUUUGAACAGCUGAAGCUCAGAACCUCUGUAGCUGGUUGGUUUUUUACUUCUGAAAACCUUGAAAACACACAGAACCUGAGUGGAAACCUUGCUCUGCUGAGGAAUAUUGAUGGGAACACACCACCAAACCCUGUCUUGGCAUUUGACAACAUGAAAGAUAGAGUUUCUGAGCUUGAGAAGGAGUGCUUGACCAUGAAGCAUGAAUUGGAGAAAAUGAUGAAGUCUAAUAAGGGAAGUUGGAACAUGAUUCUCAGGAAAUUGAGUUGCAGGUUGAUUCCUAAGCCCUCUAAUGGGAAAGUCUCCAAGCCUUGCAGGAAGUCCAAGAUUUCACCAGCACAGGUAGAAGAAAAUGCUUUGGCAGACCUGGCAGUGAAGUGAAAGGCUUGAAGAGUUUGAAAUGUUUUUCUUUUCUUUUUAAGUUUGAAGUUUGAACACCCUCUUAGUUUCCUCUUUAAUUUCUCAUAGAACUUUGAUGCAAUUUCCCUUUUGGCUAGGUCAUUUUGCUCAGCAUAAAUGACUAUAGCUAAUUUGUUAUAACUCCCUCUUAAUUUUAUGUUUAGAUGACAAUUUGAAGCAUUCAUUCUAUUAUAA